AUGAAAGUACAUUCGAGUUUGAAGCGCGUGCACAGCGCACUAUUCAAAUUUCUAUCAGACUUUAAAAGACGCGAUUACUUGUUUCAUUCGACGAUUAUUUCCUUCAGGCAAGAUGCUGCUCUCUUAAUAUCUUUCAACUCAACCGAGAGUAAUGUAAAUAGAAAAAGCAUUCGAUUGCCGUUACUGCUAUUCCCAGAAAAUGAAACCCUUUAG